UUAUGGAAGCUUCUGUGUUGUAUGUAUACAAUCAAUACAAAAAGACCCCAAAAAUACUAUAUAUAAAAUUAAUUGUAAUAUAUAUUUUUUUCCACAAAAAGUUCAAUUAGCCUACCUCCAUUUUUUUUUUUUAAAUUGAAUGAUAGAUAUUUGUGAAAUUACUGGUUAAUAGUGUUAAAAUAAUGAAUAUAACCUAUAAUUAGGAUAUGAUUAAUUCGAUUUAGAUCUUGAUUUUGAGGCAUAUUCAAAGAGCAGUGGAUGACGUGUCGAUAGCCUAUAGAACAGGACGAUGCAUGUAUAUGAUGGAGUUUUUAAAAUGAGGUUAUGUGGGUUUUUUUCCAUGCAUGAAUUCAGUGACUUGACUAAACUUGCUGCUGGCUCCACCCUCCGUUACUCAGCCAGUCUACUACGUGUUCGGACUGGAGCUGCCUUCAACUUACAAGCAUCUAAGGGAGAGAAAGAGAGAGAGGAGGAGAAAAAAAGGACUUUCCCCGGCUGUGAUCUGGAGGAAUAAAGCAGCAACUUCGUCAACUUUAAACUAUAACCGGCAUCUUCGCUCGGAGAGAGGAUCUCCUGUAAAAACGAGUUUCCUCUCUAUUUUCCGACUUGGAUGAAGUUGCGCAUGGAAACAAAUGAUACUUGAGAGGAGCGGAGAGAGAGAGAGAGAGAGAGAGAGAGGAGGUGGGUGUCGGGUACAACCCUGUGUGUUUCUCUUCUUCUUGUUCUUUUAUGCAUGGAUCUAGGACACAAGUUUGAUGUUGACAAAAGUGGGAAAAACUAUUGUUGCUGCUGUUGCCAUUGAGUGAUCUAAAUCUCCUUGGAAGUUUCAGAGAGAUCAAAUUAAAGGUUGAAUAAAAGAAAACUUCUUCUUGAAGCCACAAAGACAGGAAACAGAAAAAAAAGACACAAGUGCUACAAUUAUGGCGUUAAAGGCCAAAGUGUUGUACGACUUCCACUCUGAAAACCCCGGGGAGAUCUCCAUAACAGAGAAUGAGCUGGUGACCCUGUUCAACGAGGAGGAGCUGGAGGGCUGGCUGGAGGGGGAGAACGGCCGGGGGGAGGUCGGCCUCUUCCCCGCCUCCUACGUGGAGAUCAUCAGGGACCACAUCACCUCCAACGCCACCAACAAGAACGGCGUCUCCUCGCCAAAGCCGACCAAAGCCCCGACGCCCACCCACACAUCCUCCUUCGCGUCCUCGGACACCCAGUCCCAGAGGGGACCCGGGGCCGGCAGCGGCGGUAGCGCGGGAGGAAGCUUCCACACCAGCCAGGGCAGCGAUGACGACUGGGACGACGACUGGGACGAUGCCUCUCCCGCGGCCGACGCGCCUCAGGGUAUGGGAAGCUCGCCCCCGUUGUACCCGGUGACCACCUCCUUGCCCGGGCGUCGCGACAGCGCCCAGCAGCAUCAGCAGCAGGCCAAGAGCUCGGCGACGGUCGGGAGGAACCUCAACAGGUUCUCAACCUUCGUCAAGUCCGGUGGGGAGGCCUUCCUGCUCGGGGAGGCCUCUGCUUUUGUGAAGGACGGGGACAGGAUCUGCGUGGUGAUGGGGAAGCACGGGCCGGAGUGGCAGGAGGAUCCGUAUCCGUUCAUGUGCACCAUCGACGACCCCACCAAGCAGACCAAGUUCAAAGGCAUGAAGAGCUACAUGUCCUACGGCCUGACUCCAACGCACACCAACGUACAAGUCAACCGCAGGUAUAAGCACUUUGACUGGCUGUACGCUCGCCUUGUGGAGCGCUUCCCGGUCAUCUCAGUGCCCCACUUGCCAGAGAAGCAGGCCACCGGCCGCUUCGAGGAGGACUUCAUCUCCAAGCGGAGGAAGGGGCUGAUCUGGUGGAUGAACCACAUGAUCAGCCACCCCGUGCUGGCACGCUGCGACGUUUUCCAGCAUUUCCUAACGUGCGGAGCCGACGAGAAGGCCUGGAAGAUGGGCAAGAGGAAGGCGGAGAGGGACGAGCUGGUCGGGUCUAAUUUCUUCCUCACGAUCAGCCCGCCUACCGUCCCCCUGGACCUACAGGAAGUCGAGAACAAGAUCGAAGGCUUCAAGACCUUCACCAAGAGGAUGGACGAGAACAUCGUGGUCGUGAACACCACCAUCAACGAGUUCGCCCGUAAGCAGAUAACGGGGUUCAAGAAGGAGUACCAGAAAGUGGGACAGUCCUUCGCGCUCCUGGGGCAGGCGUUCGAGCUGGACCAGCAGGCCUACUCGGCAGGCCUGAACAAAGCCAUCGCCUACACCGGCGAGGCCUACGAGGCGGUGGGAGAGUAUUUCGCCGAGCAGCCGCGCCACGACUUGGCUCCCAUCUCUGACCUGCUGGAUCUCUACAGAGGACACCUGGCCAAUUUUCCUGACAUCAUCCAUGUGCAGAAAGGUGCACUGACCAAGGUGAAAGACUGUCCAAAGCAGGAAGGUGAGCUCCACAACCGCUGCAACAUCAUUUCCUGCGCCACGCUGGCAGAGAUCCAGCACUUCCACCGCACGCGCGUACGGGACUUCCGCUCGCAGAUGCAGCACCACCUCCGCGAGCAGAUCGGCUUCUUCCAGAAGAUCACCGCCAAGCUGGAGGACGCGCUCCAGAGAUAUGACGAGGACCAGUAGGAAGGGAGGGAGAGAACAGAGAAGUUGGACUACAAAGGUCUUGAGGAAACUGGGGGGGGGCUUGAAGAGGGGAGCAGACAGAGAUGAUUGAUGGGUUCGUCCUUCAGUAAUGGAGAACAUCUUAACGUCCUUUAAGAAAACUUUUUGAUGCGGUGAAUCCUGGGCCUGGUACAAGCAUUGGAAGAAAUAUACCACUCUUUUAAAAAAAAAAUGUAGGCCACUGGACUGUAGAAUAACAACUUCUUGGAUUAUCUGGACGGCUCUGAUGAAUGUACCAGUAACAGGGAUUUUGCUGACGCUCCAGGCACGUCUUGCAACUCAGCGGGACUGCGACAGAUAUUAAAAACAGCUGCUCACAUUGUGACGGGGCUGCCUCUACAUUCCCGGGUUUCAGGGUCACGUGAUCUCUUUAUGCCUCCACUCACCACUUUAUGGAAAACCCUCCGUCCGGGAACACGGAACUCAGCAGGAACGUUGACACGAAAAUCCCCAGUGCACUUAAAACUGGAUGUUUUAAUGAUUGAAAGACAGGACUUCAUGAAUUUAAUGAAUUUUGUGUUUUUACUUGAAUGACCUGUUCAGUAUUGUUGCGACGGGACAUGACAGUAUGGAAGUGAUUGUGAAAAUGGAAAGAGGCAAAGUGGGCGUAAUCUCUUCCGUUGACUGAGCUCAGUAGUUCGAUUCCACCUACUUCUGAUGUCUAACAUCUGUCACAACUCGCAUGCUGUCACAUCUUUAUUAUGUUAUAAUUUGAAGCUCUGUGUUGUUCCGCAUUUUUUGUUUAUGCCUUGCCGGACCUAAAACAAUAACUGAUCUCAGACUGAUUUAAUUUUUUUUAUCUGCUUGUUUUGAGAAGCAGCUCCGCAGUUCUAUUUCUUUGGGUUAAUGCAGGCCUUGGGUUAUUAAAGAGGACCUAUUCCCCUUU